AAAAAAAAAAAGAGGGCGGUGGGGCGAGAGGGAGUAGUUGAGUUCAAGCUUCGGGGACUUCUCCCCUCGUUUCGGCCUCAUCGCCCCUCGGCGGAGCUUCCCAAGCUGUGGGCAGAGCCAGAGAGAAAGAGACCGAGACCGACUCUCCAAGCUAUUAAUCUCGUCUCCAUGCGCUCCGAUUCCCUCCUCUAUUCCCCUCCUCCUCCUUCUCCUCCUCCUCCUCUUCUCCUCCUCUUCUGAGAUCUCGAGGCGAUCCAUCCCGUCUUCGAUAUCGUUUUCCCUUCCUUCUGUUGCCAAUCUCGAUGUCCAACGCUCCCGGGCUCGUUUCUCCGCCGGCCCCCUGCUUCCGAGGGAGAGAUCUGGCGCCUUCGGGCCUCUUCCGAUCCGGUCUCUUCUUGGCGGCGAGGAAUGCGAGGAGGGCGCCGCUCAAGUGCUGCGCCGCCACCGUGGGCGGCGGUGUGGAGGACCACGUCCUGGGAACCGCUGCCGCCUCUUCCAAGCCUCGUCUUCCAAGAGUUGUUGGAAUGGGUUCAAAGCUUGUUGGAUGUGGAUCGGCUGUGCCAAAGCUUUUGAUUUCUAAUGAUGACCUUGCACAAAUUGUCGAAACUUCAGAUGAAUGGAUUUCUGUUCGUACAGGGAUUCGUAAUCGACGUGUCCUCACAGGGAAUGAAACACUGAGUGGGUUGGCUGUGGAAGCAGCAAAGCGGGCUCUUCAAAUGGCUCAAGUAGAGCCUGAUGAUGUCGACCUUGUAAUUAUGUGCACAUCUACUCCAGAUGACCUUUUUGGAUGCGGUGCUCGGGUACAGAGAGACUUAGGAUGCAAAAAUGCUUGGGCUUUUGAUGCUACAGCAGCUUGCAGCGGGUUUGUUGUGGGCCUGAUCACAGCAACUCGUUUUAUUAAAGGUGGUGGGUUCCAAAAUGUCCUAGUAAUUGGUGCAGAUGCUCUCUCACGAUUUGUGGACUGGACAGACAGGGGCACGUGCAUACUUUUUGGUGAUGCUGCUGGUGCUGUGCUAGUUCAAGCCUGCAGUGACGAGGAAGAUGGCUUGCUUGGCUUUGACUUCCACAGUGAUGGUCAUGGCCAGAAGUACCUAAAUGCAAUAGCCAAGGAUGAGGAAACCGAGCUCAUCUCAAACAAUAAUGGUGCACCUCUUUUCCCUGCAAAAAGAUCAUCGUUUUCUUGCAUCCAAAUGAAUGGCAAGGAGGUCUUCCGCUUCGCAGUGCGGUGUGUGCCACAGUCCAUUGAAGCUGCACUGCUAGAAGCUGGCCUCACAAGUUCCAGCAUUGACUGGCUGCUGCUUCAUCAGGCAAACCAACGGAUCAUAGAUGCCGUGGCUACCCGGUUGCAGAUGCCCUCGGACAAGGUCAUCUCAAAUUUGGCUAACUAUGGGAACACAAGUGCUGCAUCCAUUCCUCUGGCAUUAGAUGAGGCUGUUCGGAGUGGAAGGGUGCAGGCUGGCAAUACCAUUGCCGCUGCAGGUUUCGGAGCUGGAGUUACAUGGGGCUCUGCAAUAGUAAGGUGGAAAUGAGCUGGAGUUACAUGGGAAUAGUUGAAAAGCUUUAUAAGGGAGCAUGAAUCAUCAAGUUAUAGCCCAGUUUGGCUUUCCCUCCUCAUGAAGUCGGGCUGAAAGAGGACUUCCUCUAUUUUCUAGGCCAAGCUUUUGUUAUCAGUUUUCCAAGUUUCCUCUUAUUUUAUUUCAAGUGGAACUAUGAGCAGCCAAGUAUUUAUUUAUUUUUCCCUGGGUCAUAAUGGGUGCUGAACCAUUUAAAUGUGAGCUUUUGGUGUUUUUACCUAGCCACU